CGAAGCCGAUGAGGUAAUCGGGGUAAACAGUAAAGAUGGCGACGUCUGUAGCCGGAGAGGGGCAGCCGAGUCUAAACGGGAUUAUUUCAGACCCCCAGACGAAAAAACUGACCGACCUGCCGACCGAGCUGCUCGAGCUCAUCCUCUGCUUCCCCGUCCUCAAACAUGUCGACAUUUGUAACGUGUCUUGCUGCUGCAAGCGGCUGCACGACGUCUGCCACGGAAGGGGAAAGGUCUGGGGACACCAGUACAAACUCAGAUGGCCCAGACUGCAGAGGUUUUACCGCCAGAACGAGUGCUGUGACUGGCUCAGAGAGUACAAAACACGCCACAGAGUGGGGAUACAGAUACGGCGGACCGUGGAGUCCAUUUCCAAGAGAUUCUUCACAGAAGUUCCGUGCGUAGGGCAGGUGCUCGGUGACAGCUUUGCAGAGAUCGAGUCGCUUGGGAUGCCAGAGCACUUCUGCGAAGAUGAGCUCCUCUUCAUCCUCAACUCUGACAAAAGGAAAAGCCUGACCUUGAAGUACUAUGCAAAGAAAAUCCUUUACUUCCUGAGACAGCAGAACAUCCUGAGGAGCCUGAAGGCCUUUCUGGAGCAGCCGGCAGAGCAGCAGGCAGCUCUCGAAGGCGCCGUCCUGGUGGAUCAGUACUGCAACCCGCUGGCCGACGUCACGCUGGACGGCAUAUCGGCUCAGCUGGACGAGAUCACAGAAAAAGUCAAGAAGAUGCUGAGAAUCAAAAACCCAUCUCACCCCAGCCUGCGAAUCGCCCAAGGUGGCUGUUCCGUCGUGGAGGACUUUGAGCUCCAGAGGCAGGUGGUGAGCGCGCUGAACGCCGUCCUGUACGAGCAGCUGCAGUACAAAGGCAAUGAGUGCGACUACUACAACCCCCUCAACUCCUACAUCCACCAGGUGCUACUCCGCCGCACAGGCAUUCCCAUCAGCCUCUCUGUUCUCUACAUGACGUUGGCUCAGAAGCUGGGCGUUCAGCUGGAACCCGUCAACUUUCCCAGUCACUUCCUGCUGCGCUGGUGCCAAAAACCAAGAGGGAGUGAGGACAUCUACGACUUCGUCUACAUCGACGCCUUCGGUAAAGGCAAGCAGCUCAAGGCGAAGGAGUGCGAGUACCUCAUCGGCCACCAGGUGACGGCAGAUUACUACAGUGCCAUCAGCACCACGGAGGUGCUGCUCCGGAUGGUGGGAAACCUGCUCAACAUCGGCAAGAGAGGGGAGGGCAAUGAGAAGUCCUACCAGCUGCUGAGAGACUCGCUGGAUCUCUACCUCACCAUCAACCCAGAUAAUGUGCAGUAUCUGCUGCUGCAGGCGCGACUCUACUUCCACCUGGGAAUAUGGCCAGAAAAGGUGCUCGACAUCCUGCAGCACAUUCAGGCGCUGGACCCCUCCCAGCAUGGGGCUGUGGGUUACUUGGUGCAGCACACACUGGAGCACAUCCAGCACAAGAAGCAUCCUGUCACUCCAGAGGCAAAGAAACGCAGCGCCCCAGAACACCUGGAGGUCCAGUACUCGGUCGGCCUUAUCAUGAAACAUAAGAGGUCAGGUUAUAACUGCGUGAUCUACGGCUGGGACCCUAAAUGCACCAUGAGCCAAGAGUGGAUCACCACCAUGAGGGUCCACCAGCUGCCCAACGGGGCAAACCAGCCUUUCUACAACGUGCUGGUGCAGGACGGGACCUGCCGCUACGCAGCGCAAGAGAACCUGGAGCCCCACUCGGCUCCCCUGGAGAUCGGCCACCCGGAGGUGGGACGCUACUUCUCGGAGUUCGCCGGCACCCACUACGUUGCCAACGAGGAACUGCAGGCGCGAUACCAGGAGGACAUGGAUGAGACCCUGUUGACAGUACAGGAGCUCUAUCACAGACUGGCAGCCGGCUCGGGGAGUAAGGAGGAGGCGGAGGAGCAGCAGCAGCAGGCUACCGCCACAGAACAGAACAACCACCAAACCAUGUCCAUGUAGCAAGAAUACAUGUCCUGCAAGGUGACCGAUCACAACUCACCUUUUAUAAGCUCAAAAUCCACGCAGUGGUUGCUCCUGUUGCACAUAUUUGAGAUUAGCUCAUGUUUAAAAGAACAAAAAAAAAAAAAAAGAGUUACAGCAGGUGGGUUCAAACAUUUACAUUUUCCAGAGUGUUUGUUGCUGAAACAAAACAGGAACUGACUUUCUGAACAAUGCUCAGCUCUCAGCUGCGGGGAUGCUUUCCAUCACGGUCCAAAGAUGGCAUUUGAUUCAGGCAAAGUGCUGAGUUCGGGAAAACUCGGAUUAGAAUAGAAGUAGACCCCAUGAAGGAAAACAAAGACAGAUCUAAAGUCAGCAGUUCAGUGGAUGAUUAAAUAAGUUAAAUAGAGAGUAACCAGGUGCUGUAAAUCCUCCAUUUUCCUUCAACCAAGGAAUGCUCCUUUAUCCACAUCACCCUGCAUCCAUCCAGCACCGGUCUGCAACUCCAGAGACCCCCCCCCCCACGGUGGACACACAACCACUUGUAAAUUGAUUAACUUUUAAUUUGCCAUCUUUUAACAGAAAGUGUUAACGUUCACAUUUCUAGAGGAUCUUCAUUGUCUGUAAAUUCACUAGUGAAAUCUGUAGAUGGCUGCUGUGGCUCAUUUGUGUCCUCAGUGGAAAAACAAGAAAAGCAAGAGAGGAUGAGGACACCGUGGGGCUGAUACAAUAGCAGAAUGACUUGAAUGCACCAUUCCCAGAUUUGUAUGCAUGUAUUGAAGUUUGUGAGCGUUUUUUUUUUUUCUUUCUUUGAAGAAGAAGAAAUGUGUCUAUGGAGAAUGAUACGUGGUCUUAAGAACUUGUAAAUGUCUUCACCUUCACCUCAAGCCCUGGUUAAGUUUCCAAUGAGAGGCUUUCCGUACAGCCAGCUUUUCCAGAGAGUCACACCACGAAAUUUGAAAUCUGGAAAUGUUUACAUCCUCCUCCCACUCGUCCCACUUCUCCUUGAACCCACAUGAGCCAACCUGCUGACCAACAACACAACAGAGGCAGAAUACAGAGUUGUUCAUGGAGCUGCUGAGAUUGUAACAACAGGAAAUUAAGAACAGUAUCCUAUUCCUGCUCCAGUAUUUGGAGUUCAUCUGUAGUCUUCAUAUGUUACUUUUUGGUGUUGUUUUUUUUUUUAUGACAGCGCCCCUUAAAGCCUAAAAUUAAUAUUAAAGUGGUGGUCUUAUGCAGACAGACUGGUGUCUUGUUUAACCUGAAUCCUUUACAUCAGAGAACCAUGCAUCUGUAUCCCCUCAAGUGACUGAGAUUGUUGUGGAUUCAGGGGUUCCUGAACUCAAAGUUGACUUUUGGGCUCACUUUUGCAUUCCUCUGCACUUUUUAUUAUUUUAAUUUACCAAGCACUGUUACAGUGUUACUUAGUUUUAUGAAGGCUGAAUAGCCAAGGAGACACGGUGCAGAUACAACUUACAGAGUGGGGCUGGAAGUUGAUAAAGAGUGGUUAAAAAAAUAGUAGUUUAAGGUUUUAUUUGUUACUCUAGAAAACUAGAGAAAUGCGCUUGAGAGAGCUGAUGAGUUUUUCUUUUCUCGGUGAAGGUCGACACUUUACAUGUUCUCAGACAAACACUUUGUAUUUAUCUACAAAAAGGCUUUGUUUUGGACACACUUUUCCAUGCACAAGUCAGUCUGCUACUAUGUGAGCCCUGUAACAUGCUGAUUGGAACAGAAAUGACUCUGACACUUCCAGA